UCCGUGUGUGGGGUGUUUAGUUUGGUCGCCGAACUACUCACAAUCGGCGCCAUGGUUGACACGUUCAGCGAAAAGGAAGGAGACGCAGCGCAGGACGUCUAAUACCUGGCCGAGACAUCGAUCUCGCAUCGAUGGCUCCGCACUCGAUUAAGUCAUGAAUUAGAACGAUAAUAUUGUCAAGAUAGCGCCGUGGUUAGCACGUUAGCUUAUUUGCUAGUUUGUGCUCGAUACAUUCAUGACUGUUGGACUUUAUUAUCUAGCUAUAUGUCGUCCAUUUAAGCAAGUCCACACUACUGUUGAUCAAUUAAGAGUCUUGAAAUAGUAUUAAGAGAUAUUCAUUUGGAGGAAAAAAGCCUGAAGCUAACGUAAAUCCCCAUCACUCAUAGCAGUAUAUUAUUACAAUCUUUCUAGUAAUAUGUGUUGCAUUUAUUUUCCCCUUUGUUUCCUAAAAUUUCUUUAUUAACAUGUUUGUAUUCCUUUUUAAUAUUCAUUCAUUAAUAAAUUGGUUAAUUGAUUCGUUAUAAAAACAGUAUUAAAAUGUAUUUAAAAAAAAUCUAUAUUAGUAAAAUGAACACUUUUACAUUUAACUGUUUGGUAUUUACUUCUAAAAGAAAAUUAAAAACGAGAGUGAAGUUUAUCACUAUUAAAAUAUGUAGAACCGUGAAUAUACCAGGGUUAACUUUUUAUUUCUUUUCCUGCUAGUAGGACUUGUGUUGGCCGACUAGACUCCAUUGUGUUUCGGCCCGAACGUGUUGCUCUUCAGAUGCCAUUUUCAUACCUUCAUCAGGACCUCGGGGAUGGCCGGAGGAAUCCUCAGCAAUUUGGACAACCUGUGUAACGUGGACUGCGCAAACGUGCACCCCCUGGUGUGCCACCUGUGCCACGAGCAGUACCAGUCGCCGUGUCUGCUGGACUGCUACCACAUCUUCUGCGCCCGCUGCCUGCUGGGCCGGACCAACGACAGCCGACUCAGCUGCCCCCUCUGCGGAUACCCGUCCAUCAUCAAGGGGAACAACGGCCUCCCGCCAGAAGACCGUCUGCUCAAGUUCCUGGUGGACAACAACGCAGACGCCGAGGAGAUUGUGCAGUGCGCCAACUGUGACCAAGAGAGCAACAAAAAGGACACAGGUGUGAUGUUCUACUGCAACACGUGUAACCAGCCGCUGUGCUGCGCCUGCAGGGAGCUCACGCACAAGGCCCGAAUGUUCGCCCACCACGACAUCGUCUCGCUGGCCAAGCGCAGCAAAGCCAAGCACAGGAAGUGCGUUCUGCACGAGGAGCCCUACAUCCUCUUCUCCACCGAGAACAAGUCCAUGCUUUGCAUCAAGUGCUUCAGAGACAUGCAAGUGGAGAGUCGCACUCACUGCAUCGACAUUGAGACGGCCUACAUGCAAGGAUGUGAGAUGUUGGACCAGGCUGUGCUGGUGGUGAAGGAGCUGCAGACGUCCACCCGAGAGGCCAUCUUCCUGCUGAGGUCCAUGAUCGGAGAAGUGUGUCUGAAUGUAGAGGAGGAGGAGAGCGCCAUCUGCUCUCUCUUCAACAGUCUGCAGGAAAAACUGGCUGAGAGAAAGAAGAUUCUGCUGAAAACUGCUCAGAGCCAGCACGAGGAGAAGGAGAAAGCGCUAAAGGAGCAGCUCUCCCACCUGACCACGCUCUUGCCUACGCUCCAGGUUCAUCUGGUCACCUGCUCGGCCUUCCUCAGCUCGGCAAACAUGUUUGAGUUUUUGGACAUGGGAUACCAACUGAUGGAGCGGCUGAAACGCAUCGUGAAGCUCCCCCAUCGCCUCAGACCAGUUCAGAGCAGCAAAAUCAACACAGACUACCGCAGCGAGUUCGCCCGCUGUCUGGAGCCCCUGCUGCUGAUCGGCCAGCGCUGCGCCCCUUCCGUCACCGGCUCCUCCAGCGUCGCCACGAGGCUGCAGUCGCCUCUCUCCAUGUCUUGCCGCUCCCUGUCUCUCAGUGAGAUGCCGCUCGGCUCCGUGUUCGGCCGGAGGUCCACGUCUCACCGCAACAUCUGCACCAAGGUCCUGCUGGCCGAGGGGCGGGAGACGCCCUUCACCAAGCACUGCAACAACUACGAGAACUCCUACAGGACUCUGCAGACAGAAAUCCAGAACCUGAAGGACCAGGUCCAGGAGCUGCACAGGGACCUGACCAAGCACCACUCCAUCAUCAACACGGCCCAGAUGGGCGAGAUCCUGGACCGCUCGCUGCACAUCGACAGCCAGAUCGCGUCCCAGCACACCACGGUGGAGACCAUGAGGACCAUGUUUGAAGAGAUCUGGGACGAGACCUUUCAGAGGGUCACCAAUGAGCAGGAGAUCUAUGAAGCCCAGCUUCACGAUCUGAUGCAGCUGAAGCAGGAGAACUCCUACCUGACCACCAUCGCCAGGCAGAUCAGCCCCUACAUCCUGUCCAUCGCCAAGGUCAAACAGAGACUGGAACCCAGGCUGCAGGAGCCCAAAGAGUGCCGCGAUGACCGCACCGAAACCAUGUUGAAGAUUUACAAAGACGCCGCAACAGUAGCAGCGGAGAGUCAAGACAGCAACAAGCAGACAUGCGUCACAGAACAAGACAAGAGCAACCACCCGCUCGUGAUCUCGUGAAACCACCGCCCACUGACCUGGAGAUACGACACAUGGUGUACGUGACAUUCUUCGAGCAAAGGGGGCG